AUGACGUAUCCUGCCAUCAACCACACCCACCCUCUCAUCCAGGUGUUGUCAAGACUGAGUAACGUGCGGCUGGCCUGGUUGAACCUGGACCAAGUGUUCGCUGAUGAGCCCCUGAGAACGUGGCAUCGAGAACGUCUAUGGAUGAUGAAUGAGAAUCGCAUGUCGACGGUGGUUAGCGACGCGGCUAGGGUGGAGUUACUGCGACGGUAUGGAGGAACCUAUCUGGAUCUGGACGCUCUCACCCUCCGCCCGCUGCCCAACACUACCAACUACCUCGCCAGGAUUCACGAUCGUCUAGUUAGCAACGCCAUUAUCAGCGUCACAUCUGGACACCCGCUUAUGAAAAUGGUGGCAGACAACAUCCCCUCAGUGUUUGACGCAACCAGCUGCUGCAGCAUCGGGCCGGAGCUUAUUACACGACAGCUCCACCGUCUGUGUCCCGAUAACGUCACCAUCCCGGCCUCCGUCGGUCCCAAUGAGACUGAAACCUGCGGUGACGUCACCAUCUGGCCCAGCAAGAUGUUUAUUCCUAUCCACUACGGCUACUUAAGACACCAGCUGCAGAGUAUGUUCAGGGAAGGUGAGGGACUGGGCCCGACCUUUAUCAGGAACACCGAGGCUUUCUCCCUCCAUCUGUUCAAUUCUGUCUCACACAGGAGAUCCGUGAGCCUUGAUGAAGACUCCAUCCUGAAGGAGGUCGCCAUAAGAAACUGUCCUCGAAUAGUGGAACUACUCAGAAAGUACAGGACCCACCUGUAGUCGCUUCAGUAGAUUUCUUGGUGAUGAAAGUGUUCUCCAGAAACAAAGGGACAACCUCUAGUGGUUCUUAUAGGAAUUUAACCUAAUUGAUGUAGGUCCCUGUAAACAAAGUUCCUUAAGUGGUGAAGAUGUCUAAGAGGUAACUGAUCAGCCUUUAGAGGACUCUAAUAGGUAACGUUAACGUGUGAUGAAACAUAUGAAGAGGCAGAGACCACCCACUUGUAGUGAUUUGUAAUAAGAUCAACUGCUUGUUGAAGUUUAUCAAACAGCUAGUGACUUCAAACAGAAGUUUCCCACAGGUGCUAAAGAUUCUCAAGGCACUGAGUCAAUCUGACGUUGCCACCACAAAGAAUUGCCUUUGAUGCUGUAGAUUCUUUAGAAGUUUAAAACCUAUUGUGGUGGAUUUAAAGAACUUAGUUCAUGAAACUCAUAGAUACAGUUUACAGAAUAAAGACAAAGUAUAACACACAUACAUUCAUUGUUAUUAUACAGGAAUGUAUUAACUUAUUUAACAAUGAAGACAUGUAAAGUACAGAAUAUAAAGUAUUAUCCUACACUAUAAACAAAUUUAAUUUUCCCUUCAUUCGCUCACACAAAUAUUCACCUUGAUACUGUCACAGAUGUGUUCUAUUAUGGCGUUAAUUCCUCCUUCCACAACAUCAUCAUAAAUUAUCCCUUCGCUUUACACCUGUUGCUUCCUAUGCUGCGGUUUGUAAGAAAGUACAACAAUU